AUGAAUAUUCAUAAAACAACAAUAGGGAUUAUAAUAACAUUGAUAUGUUUAUUGAUAAGUAAUGGAGAGAGUUUACCUUCUUAUACACCAUAUCAUAUACAUUUGGCAUUGGGAGAUGAUCCUCAAGACAUUGUGGUUUCAUGGUUGACCAAGGCCAAGGUGCCUAUGCCAACCGUCUACUAUUACCAAGGUUCAUGCGAUGAUGUACAAGAGAACCUAAAGAAUAUACAAAAACAUCCAAUAUCACCUAUGGGAAGUAAACUACUAGCUACAGAAGAAAUCACAUCGGUUGAUGCAAAUUCAGAUAUCCUCCUCACCAACAAUAACCAUAACAAUCAACAACAAUACUCUACAAAUCAAAUUAAAUCUUUUAAAAUGGCUACUGGUACAACUACAACUUAUUUUGGAUUGGAUGCUUAUAUUCACAGUGUACAAUUGACAUUGUUAUCAUCUGGUAAACCAUAUUGUUAUAGAGUUGGUGGUGAAAAGUCAAUGUUGACUAGCAGUGGCAGUAAAUAUCCAUCGAGUUGGUCAAAUACAUGGUAUUCAUUCAAGACUAAUCCAUUACCAACAUUGGCACCAACUAUAGUUGCUGCAUUUGCCGAUUCGGGGACUUGGGGUAAUAUCCCAGAGGUCUUUGAACACAUUGCUUCGGAUCCAGACAUUACAGCUGUCAUUCAUGCCGGCGAUCUCUCCUAUGGAGUGACAGAAGAGAUAUGGGAUCGAUUUGGUAAUUUGAUCGAACCCAUUUCAUCGCAGUUCCCAUAUAUGACCAUCCCAGGUAAUUGGGAUGUCAAAGAAGGUGCUUUGGAACCAUUCAAGAAUCGUUACAAAAUGCCUCUUUACAUUAAAUCACCAACCAACAAAUUAGUGUUUGACACUAACAACGCAGACAAAGACAAAUCAGACAACAACGUAGAAAUCAAAGUAGAGACAGCAAAUAAUUUAUUCUAUAGUUAUGAAUAUGGUUUAAUUUAUUUUGUAAUGAUAUCAUCCUAUGAUGACUAUCAUCAAGGUAGUGUACAAUAUAAUUGGUUAAAGCAACAACUAGAACAUGCAGCUAGUAUCAGACAUCGUGUUCCAUGGUUGAUUGUGUGUGCCCACAGUCCAAUGUACAGCUCGUCGUCGGGACACGAUGGUAGCGACUUGGGAUUCCGUGAGGCUGUCGAACCAUUGAUCAAGAAAUACAAGGUCAAUCUAGUCAUUUCAGGCCACGACCAUGGAUACGAGAGAACCUAUCCAGUGUACCAAGGAAAGAUCCUCGACGAAAAGAAGCAAAGAUACGAUUCGUCAGAGGGAACCAUUCACAUUUUGGCAGGCACUGGUGGUGCCACCUCGGACCCAUGGCUCGAUCAACCAGACUGGUCACUUCAUCGUGAAACAUCGUGGGGAUUCACCAAACUCGCUGCCUACCAAUACUCUUUAGAGGUGACCUAUCUCCGAACCAAUGGAUCGGUCGGUGACAGCUUUGUCAUUGUACACGAACACGCCAAAACCUCUUCGCACACUUCUAUCUUUUUUCUCCUCCUCUUUUUAAUUAUCCUUAUUUUUCCUAUCUGCACCUAUCGUGGCACGGCAAACAAGUUAUUUCUAUCGGUUCUACAACAUGAUUCCUACGCUUCAAGUUCAAAAUCAAUGGCUUAA